CGCUCCGCUUGUUUUGUGAGAGUUGACAGAUUUUACAGUGGAUUGCGUUGUGAACUAAAAUCAACUCAUCAAAGGAAACGCCUCUGUGUUUUGCUAAUAGUUUUGGAUAACCGUUUUCUCACGUGGGAAGUCGUUCCGUGGUUGUUUUUUUCCCUCGGUUGGCCAAAUGUUGGAGUACGGAUAGAUCUUCGUGUGGAACAUCAUUAAGCCUGGUUGACAUGCAGUGGUCGUUGGACACGUGAAUGCCGCAGCCCACCUUGACGAGGAGGAGGCCGGGCCAACAUGCUGUCUAGUGCUUGCUUCUGCUUCCUACUAUUCCUGUGUUGUCAUGAGGCGGGCACGGGCAAAGUUCCGAGGUCGAAGGCACAGUGCCUUAUUGCGUCACCAUUUGACUCGACGUUUGUGUCAGCAUACUUGACGCACUACACGUCGGGUCAAGGCUGCACAUCGAAUGACACGACGCUGACAUCGCAGGAGGUGCACGUGAUCAACGUGAAGACGGCUGCGACAUCACAGGACCGCCGGAUACAGGUGUCCCUCCGCAUAGAACCACAACUCAUCGCAGAUAAGGAGCCCGUCUACCCUGACCACUGGAAGCCGCUGAUAUUUGUCCUCAACUCGGAGGUUCCAGUCCGCUGGAAGGUGGAGGUGCUUGGUCUGCCCAUCACCAGAACACGCCACCUGUUUGUGAUACCCAAACAGUCAACAAUUCGGUUUAAGAAAAGCAGAAUACGAAAACAGUUCAAAGGUCGAACAGUGUCCAUGCCAAGCAGCCAGAAUGUGGAAUUCCUCGCAAAGUGGGUUCGGAAGAAAUUCAAGGCCCUGACAUCUUAUAGUGAAGUGACGGGAACAAGUAUUGUCUUUCAAGUGGGGUCAGACCCGUACGCGAGCCGUGAGUGCAAUGUGACCGAUCUGAUGGAGAGUCCGUUUGCGAUGACGUCACACAUGCAGGCCCAGCCCAUCUCCGGGUGUGUCACCACCGGGCGCAAAAACUUCUUUGCCAAGCCAGUGUAUAUCAUCGAGAUGCUGAGAGAACCGUCGGACUCUGUGCAUGAUAAACCUGUCACCGUGGAACUGGAGGUGACCUCGGCAACCAAUGAGCCAAUAGACAAAGACUUCUACCUGAUCAUCAAGUCGCCCUCCGACCUCAAGUGGGAUCUCCGCAGUCGCAAAGUUCAAGGCUGGAUCGAUAUUGUCACGGAUGCGGAAGUGGAUUUGAAGGGAAUCCGCAUGCACACGGUGGCUCUGCGUCGAGAAGUCAUGGAAUCGACAGGCGUUGACUUGAUCAACUGGGCGGAAUAUUACAUUGCUCCGGUGGAGUCGUACGCUCGCGUCCCCACCGCAAACAGGAUCAAACUUCUACUGUCCACUAACGACAAGAGAAUUGGACUUCCCUCCCCAUUCAAUUCAGUGAGUUCCAGGGGAAGUAACUCUGGAAUUGGCGACAAGCCCAAAGAGAUGAAGGACCACAUCAAGGAGAUAAUUCACACUCGCUGUUUUAACGGCCGGAUGGAAAUAUCGAUCCCUAAAUACCUCUUACAGCAACUGGGUCUGAUCAAGGAGCAGAUAACUCUGCUGGACCCGGUGUGUGGGCCGACAGCGAACUCGUCUCAUGUGAUUCUGCGCACGGCCUUGACCGAAUGUCACACCAAGUUCCUGCAGGUGGAUGACGAUCACGUCUACUCCAAUGCUAUUGUUAUCCGAGCCCCAGAAGUAGCUGACGCCCUGAUGGAGGAGCUCGGCAGUGCGUUUGUUGACAACUCCGAGAUGUCCGGGUCUGGAUCACAUGACCUGAGUGACGGGACGUACGUGGAUGAUGAGGACUUCGAUAACGGAGUCGAGAUAGAUGUCCAGUGUAAGGUGUCCAUUGAAGACUUGCCCGGCUUCGACAUCGAGAACUCCACUGAUAACACCAAGGAUGGGACAGGGCAGUACAUACUGGAGAUGUUUCGUGAUGCCUCCAUGAAGCAGAGCAUUCAGUUUCCAGUCAUGUUGACAGAGAACAUCAGAAUGUAUGUCCAAGCCACAACAGUCACUGACACGAACAUUGCUGUCCAGAUCCGGAACUGCUGGGUGUCCCAGGAACAACGAGCUGACAAACUGGCGCGGAGUGUCGUGCUGAUCAGAGACAGCUGUGUUAUUGAAGACAGUUUGUCGUGGGAGACUCCAGUCGUCACCACGGCAACUAAACACAGUACAUUCAGCUUCAACGUUUAUGACUUCUUCACCGACGGCCGCUUCACCUACCUGCACUGUGAGCUGUCACCGUGCCGACGAAUCACAGCCACCGGCCACCUACCACAGUGCAACCACCGAGAGACUCGGAUCUGUGAGCAGCCGUCAGGAGCAGGGCCUCGACUCCCCGUGUCUAUCCAGGCUCUGAGGUCAGGGCGGCUGAACAAUAUUGUUACCAUAGGACCCUGGGAAAUCACAGACAAAGAAAUUAACAUUGCUGUUCCAGGAAGAGACAGCGAGCCGGUGGUUGACACGUCUGACAAGUCAUCUAGCCUCGACGCCCACGUCAGCACGCCCCCGCAACACAGCGUAAUCAUCGAGGGCCUCGACUCGGCCACAGUGGUCGGCAUCGCCUUCGCUGCCUUCACCAUCGGCAUCAUCCUCACAGCCGCACUCUGGUUCAUUCACACACACACAGGCAUGAGGAAGCGUGGCGUGAAUUCCCAGGGUUCUGCAGACACUAGCGGAGAUUUGACGCCAAACUCUUUAUCUCCAAUCUCCGCAUAAUUAUGUGAGACAGUGAGCUGUUGGCUCGGGGUGUUUUAACACACCUGUAUAUGUGGUGCAAGGGUGCUGCAGCUGUACUACAUGUGUACUGCAAGGGUACUACACAUGCAUUACAAAUGCACAAGUGUACGAUGUGUGUAUUACAAACGUACUACAAGUAUAGUAGUACAAGUAGUACAAAACAUAUUGCAAGUGUGCUACAUGUGUACUACAAAUGUACUGCAAAUGUAGUACAGAUAGAAAUUACAAAUGUACUACAAUGUUGGCCAUUACUGAUGCAGUUAUAAUGUUCGGAGAAGCGGGUAGCCGUGGCAACAGCCACUUUGUCACUGCUCAAUGGUGUGACUAGGAGUUUCCACUAAGUUUUACUACUACUACUAAUUGCCUCUGUCUCUGCACCACGAGA